AAACAAUAAAAGCCAGCUGUGAGUGUUCUGGGAGUUGGAGGCCUGGACUGCUAAUGUUAGCCGCGCUGCGCUAACGUCAUUUAACUGCACUGGCAGCUGAAAGGGAGCUAGCAAGGCGACUCUGACAGCACUACGACAACUUCCUCAGCGCUGGCAGACACUUAUGCUUGUCAGGGUUUUUUUCUUAGUUCCUCUUUGUUUGUCGCACAGUAAUUUUCGGGCGUUGCUGUCUUAAAAUCUGGAAAUAUAAGCUAAUAUGAACCCUAAGGUAGCUUAGUAUUGUGCUAAACCAUUUAGUACGACGCCAUUUCAGUCUUUAUGAAAAAUUGUUAUGAUCCAUAAGUGUGUCAGCUAACACCGACGUGUUUAAAUCUCUGGAAAACUCUCACAGCAGUCCCCUUCUCACAGUCGAAUUGUUUCCAUUGUCUUGUACGUCAUAUGAGAGGUCAGGAGACCAAGCACAUUAUUCACUUAUUCUAUUUUUGAAGAGGAGUCAGUGAAUUCAGUGGAUGUACUCUUCUCCUGUUGUCUGUGGUUGUGCCUUUAGAGUUUUCUCUUUACAGCAGUAACCAGGCGGAGGGAUGAGUCUCUCCCCUGUGAUUGGCACAGAAGUGCCAGAAACGGCAAACGGGGUAGCGACACCUGUUGCACUGGAGAAUGGCCCUCAAGCUCCGGUCUCAGUGAAAUGUUCAAGUAGAGUACCAGGUACCGGGGAGGCAUCUGUGGAUGAGUCCCACAUGCACACAGAGAACCAUGCUGAUGCUAAUAUGGAAAACCUAGUUCACCAUGGGAAAGGCCACUUGGACACAGAGAUGGACAUGAAUGAGAGAACCUCUAGCUUAUCAUUACAAAGCCCUGAGGAGGCAAACCCCUCCCUCCCCACGGUGACAGGCACAGGAGAAACAGAUCUAGGAUCCAAAGACAUUCCUGAUGAAGCCUCUAAGACUGUGGAGCCUGCUGAUGCAGUUCUUCUGUGGGACUCAGCAUUGCACAGGCAGUCCAAAGACUCGUAUCAGCAAGGACACCCAGUCACCACAGAAAGGCAGCAGACAGAAGCAGAGACUGCGGAUGGAGGCUCCAACAGCCAAGAGGAGGAUGUAGAUGGAGAGACAGAGAAACAGGAUGUGGAGGAGGAUGAGAAGAAUGAAAACAAGUUGGAGAAUCAGCGCGCCGGAAGGAGAACAAAGGUGGAAUCUUCACAACGCUACUCAUCUUCAGCCCCUGGUCCGAGUACCUCCACCUCUUCUUCUCCUCCACCUCCUCUUCUUUCUUCAGAUGAUACCCCUUGCCCUCCUCACAUCAUGGCCCAGGUCUGGGUUCGCAAUGUGCGGGGAAUGCAGGACAGCAAGAGCCUGGAUGAAAUUAGUCAAGCGUGUGGAGGUGGUUCAGGGGCUCGAGGAGGGGGCAGAAGUGGCCAGUCAGAGGGCCGAAGGGCCACCAUCUCCUCGGCUUUGGAACUAGAGGGUACAGUCAGUCAUGAUGGAGACCUGACUAACUUCAUCACAAAAAACCUCGAGCAGAAGAUCAAAAUGAGCUCCAAGCCUAGUCUGGACUGCAGUGACUCGGACUGUUCGGGUCCUAUUUACCGAAGUCGAGGGUUGACACGGCGACCAGCGGAUAUACCACCCAUUGAUCCCACCGUCCUUUUGGACCUUCAGAGACACACCCAGGAAGUGGCACACAGUGUGGAGGUGAUGAUGCGGAGCCUCAAUGGAACCAUCCAAAAUAUGACAGCUCUGAGUGUGGGGUAUAUCCAGACCUACAGAGACUCAGUGGACAGCCUGGGAGAGUCUGUAGAUAUGAGUAUAAAGGGCAUGUAUACACUAAUGGCUCGCUGCGAGGAGUUGGAUCGUUCCAUGCAGCCCAUACACAACCUGGCUACGCAGAUACGCGAUAUCAAACGCACCCUUGACACUCUGGAGGCAAUUUGCAAGUAACACCAUAAACAAACAUCCCAGAUGCAAAGGUCUAGCAUCAGGCGCAUGUGUGCAACCCACCCACCCAUGUGCAGGUAGCACACACACACAUACUGCAGCGAAGACACCCGUGGAGUCCGGGAACUGUUGCUGCUCGGCAUGUUGGAUUAUUGGCACUCCUAGUUCCUAUGGACUUGCUUAGACGUUCCUCAUGUUUGUGUUGUGAGAUCUCAGAUGAACUGUGCUUAUUUCGCUCUUCAGGCUGAGCUUUUUCCUUUUCACAACAUUUACGCUAUCCAAGUUGUCAAGAAACAAAAUCUCACAAAUUAACCAAUUUUAGAGACUCUUGUACCGUGGACACAUGCACAUGGACAGAUCUUUAAAGAAGGUGGGAUAAUGGGCUCUUUUUCACUUCACUGUCUAAAAGGAGUGAGUUGGUCUCCGUCCAGCCUGCUUGGUUCAGAUUGCACUAACCUCUGUUCCCCACAUGGAGGUGAUGUUUCGUUCUCCGUCUCUCUGCCACUGGAGAGGCAAUAAUAAACUGCUCAGAAGGCGGUGACUUUUGCACAGGAACAGAAAGUCUAUUUUUUAAUCUUAUGCAACAAGGGUCAGAUUCUUUCACUGCAAGAGAAAUUACAGUUGUGUCAUGUCUGUUUGUCCUUACGUGUUUUGUGUGUUUUCAGUUUCCUCAGCAUGCGUGCUUGUUCAAAAACACUGAAACUUUGUGCCACUGGGAACCAGUACAGUCCGUACUCUGUCAGUGCAGUCCAAGAUGAUGUUGAGUACAUAACUGGAAAAAUAUGUUGUGCAGCCUUCGCAGUGGCUUUAAAUAUUACGUGUAAUAUUAACAGCUUCAGGUAUUUAAUUUCCUUUGACUUUUGGAUGCCAUUUAUAAGGCUGGAUACUGACGUUGAUCUCCUGAUUUUAAUUCUUCAUUAUUCAGCUGCAUCACAUCUUGAGAACCUAAAUUCUUACAUCCUAUAAAACUGUAAAACUAAGUAAAGUGCAUCUGAUAGGCUAAAUUGUAAAACACAAUCAAGGGGCAGCAUAAUUGUGCGUAACUUAAAAAUAAAAGCAUUGUAACUUUGAGCACACGCAGGACUGAAUGUCUCAUCUCAUUCUCGUUAGCACUGUUUGUGCUGAGAUGGCUAGCUUACAUUAGCAACCCAAGAGACUGACUGGGUUAAGUAAAUUCAUGACUUGCAUGCCUCCCAUAACUUGUAGCCAGAGAUAACAUCUCAUCUUGUCAUCAAACACAAACCAAGGGCUCAGAUCAGUGUGCAGUCUUCUUUUUUUCAGUCUGUCCCCCUCGUGAUUAUAGUCGUGACUCAAUGUGGCUUUAUAAAACAAGAUUCAUGUGCACAUUGUUACAACUCGAUUUCCAAGGUUUAAACACUUUACACUCUAUGCAGCUCUGACUGAAACCACUUAGAAAAAUUAACCACUGCAGCCACACAAAACUGA